UCAGCAACUAUGUCUGGUCGUGGUAAAGGAGGAAAAGGUUUAGGAAAAGGAGGCGCCAAGCGUCAUCGUAAAGUUCUUCGUGAUAAUAUCCAAGGUAUCACCAAGCCAGCCAUCCGUCGUCUUGCACGUCGUGGUGGUGUGAAGCGUAUCUCUGGUCUCAUCUACGAAGAAACCCGUGGUGUAUUGAAGGUUUUCUUGGAGAAUGUUAUCCGUGAUGCCGUCACCUACACCGAGCAUGCCAAGAGAAAGACCGUCACCGCCAUGGAUGUCGUCUAUGCUUUGAAACGCCAGGGCCGUACUCUGUACGGUUUCGGUGGUUAGACUUACCAAAUACAAAACGCAAACAAACCAAACCAAACGGCCCUUUUCAGGGCCACCACAUCCUCCAAAAA